UUCACGGCCGCUGCUAUCACAACAGAUCAGUUCGGCUGGAAAGAAGUGCGCGUACUUUACUUCGGAGCGACUUACAUCUGUCCCUUUUCUGCUUUAAAGCUUUUUUAUUGUCUUUUCUUGGUUGUGAAGUGUGACCGAGUCUUCUCCAGGAUGGUUAAAGUUUCUUUUAACUCCGCGUUGGGACAGAAGGAUGUGAAAAAGGACGCUGAAACUCUGAUUCCCGAGGAGGACAAAGAUGCAGAGGCAGCUCUGGUGGUGCGUCAUCAAUCCCGGCCCUGGUGCUGGUGCAUGUGUCUGGGUGUGGCCCUCAUGCUGUCAGGAGUGGUGGUGGGAGGAGCGUACCUGUACCGCUAUUACAUCAUGGAGGUGAGCAGGCAGCGGGGUGGGAGUGUCCUGCCUCUGACAGAGCCAGAGGACGAGGUGUUCUUCUGUGGGGUGAACUACCGCGAGGAAGACUACAUGAUCCGAGAGGAAGAGGAGGUGGAGGUGGAGCUGCCGAACCAGUUCCACCUGCGGCAGAUCGAGGAGCGGAUCAGGGUUCUGGAGAAGGAGCAGGUGGAGCUCAUCAAUGUCCCCGUGCCUGAGUUUGAGAAUGGAGACCCUGCUGACAUCGUGCACGACUUCCAGAGGAGGUUGACCGCCUACCUGGAUCUCAGUCUGAACAAGUGCUACGUCAUCCCGCUCAACACCUCCAUCGUCAUGCCGCCCAGAGACUUCCUGGAGCUGAUCGUCAACGUCAAGGCCGGCACCUACCUGCCUCAGUCUUACCUGAUCCACGAGGAGAUGAUCGUGACGGAGCGUUUGGAGCAUGUGGACCAGCUCGGGUAUUUCAUCUACAACCUGUGCAGCGGCAAAGACACCUACAAGCUGCAGCGCAGAGACCGGAUCCUGGGGAUGCAGAAGCGCGAAGCUCUGAACUGUUUCAAGAUCCGUCACUUCGAGAGCGAGUUCGUGGUGGAGACUCAGAUCUGCGAGCCUUAAGGAGACCUCCAGCAGCGCCUCACGUCUGCUCUUAAAGUCUGCAGUGAGAUCUGUGUUGUUAACCCUGUCUCUUUUUCUAUCGUGACUUCAGGUAGUCUGAGUGAGUGAGAGGAGUGAAAUGUGAACGUUUGGUGAAUAUUUGUUGAUUGUUUGACAAAAAGGAGGAGGCGUGUAUUUUUUCACUUUCUGAUCGGGAUCUCUUUGGAAUCAGACGUAACUAGCUAAAAGUCAGUAAGUUAUUUUAAUCACAGAUUCAGUUAUAGCAUGGACGUUUGUUUAAUAGCACAUGAUAAAUUUAGCUUUAGUUUGCUUUUAGUCCAAACAUCAAAGAUUUCAGAGGAAAUGACACUUUUGUGACAGACGAGGGACACUUCCUGUUUUUGUAUGUUGUCUGCUGUAGCGAUUAAAACACUGCUCCUGUUUCUUUCUUAACUGGAAAUGAUCUUUAUACGCGCGUGGACUUCUUUAGCUUUAAAACAGAUAGAGAAUGUGAGAAUCUAAACUCCACAGCAGAGACGGCUCACAGUCUGGUUCAAAUCUUUUUCACAAGGGUUGUCUGUCUUUUUUUGAAUGUGUAAUUUUUUGGAUAACUCUUCUUGUACUAAUUUGUGUAUAUAAUCUCUUUAAAGAUAUGAACAGACCAACACAAUAAACAAAGAAAAAACUGA